AUUGCCUGAGCCCCUCCCGGUAGCGGCCCCCUCAACCCUUUUUCCUUUCCCUUUUUGAAAUGUAUAAAUUUUAGGGUUAGGGCUUUUUGAGGCGCUUCUCUGCACCAGAAUUGGAAAAAUUAUGGUGCAAGAAAUUGCUGCCGCCAUAGAAGGUUCCCAUAUUUCCCUCCCCUUAACCCCCGUCUUCCCUCUUACCGAGUCGCUCAUGGCUUGAGCUAAGGUUCCCUUUCCCAUUGCCGGGCAGCCAUUCUGGUGCAGAGAUGCAUGCUGGUUCUGAACCUGGACCUACAGAGACAUACAUGAUGCCUGGUGUUGGUCUGAACCCCCAUGUUGCAUUUGUUCCUCCUCCUGGUGGGGUUGAUUACAUGGGUAAUGAAGUGGCACCAGAAUAUAUUUUUAAUCAGGGUCUAAACUAUCCAGCUGCUAACAAUUAUGGGUAUUAUUGUACAGGAUUUGAACCGCCUGGUGAAUGGGGUGACCACCAUGGGAUUUUUGCAUUAGAUGGUCAAGAUCUCCAUUACUCGGGCAUGCAAACUGAAAGUUUGCCAUAUGUAUAUUAUACACCUAGCUAUGGAUAUGCACAGACACCAUACAACCAAUACAAUCCUUACAUACCUGGUGCGGUCGUAGGAGUUGAUGGCACAUUUACAGGAAACCAGCAGUAUUUCAGCAGUCCAUACCAGACUCCUGUUUCUUCACCUGCUUAUAUUCCAAUCAUUGUUCACCCUACUUUGGAUUUUGUGCCUCAUAGCUCUGCGGACCCUUUGUUGUUCAGCGGUGAUGCAUCAUUUGCUAUCAGAUCUGCUAAUGCAGGCACAAAAUCUGCUCCUCUGCAAGCAUCUCUGGGUGCAGCUGCCUCUUCUCAAACAGCUGCCACAGGGAGUCUGGCACCAGCAUCUGAGCCUUACCAGUCCUCACAGUGGAACCGAACCACAACAAAACCAUCGGAAGGGACCCAAGCCAAUAUGCCACAAAGUAAUCAGCCUUUAUUACAGGACUCCGUGAUGCGUGGUAGUGCCAGUACUAUAAAUCAGGAGGGUAUUUCUUCUGGUCUGAUGCAACCAACAGAUCGCUUCUCACAAGAAAUUACUUUUGUUCCUGGUCCCACCAAAGUUGCUGCAUCAUCUAAUGAUGACUCCACAAACUUUGGAUCCAAUGUUCAUGGAUGGGCAUCAGUGGAUACAUAUAGACCAAGGUUCCAUUUUAAUGCAGCUGCAAACAAUGGUAGUGGAAGCCCAAAUAUAUUAGUUGAGCAAAAUAGGGGACCUAGGACAAACAGGUUGAAAGGUCAGUGGAUGUCAGCUGGUUCUGAUGGGGCUGAACUGAGUAAAGCAAGUGCUCGUACCGUAGAGGGAAACGUCAUCAUUAAUGCUGACCAAUAUAAUAGGGAUGACUUCCCAGUUGACUAUCCAGAUGCCAAGUUCUUUGUUAUCAAAUCUUAUAGUGAAGAUGAUGUGCACAAGAGCAUCAAGUAUAAUGUGUGGUCAAGCACUCCUAAUGGAAACAAGAGGUUGGAUAGUGCAUAUGAAGAUGCACAGAGAAUAUCUGUAGGAAAGCCAAGAAAGUGUCCGGUCUUUCUCUUCUUUUCUGUUAAUGCAAGUGGCCAGUUUUGUGGUGUUGCUGAGAUGAUUGGACCUGUUGAUUUCAAGAAGGACAUGGAUUUCUGGCAGCAAGAUAAGUGGACUGGGAGCUUCCUUGUCAAAUGGCACAUCAUAAAGGAUGUGCCAAAUGCUAGCUUUCGUCACAUCAUAUUAGAGAACAAUGAAAACAAGCCUGUAACAAAUAGCAGAGAUACCCAGGAGAUACCAUAUAACUCAGGCAUGAAUAUGCUGAAUAUAUUCAAGAGUAGCCCUCUAAGGACAUCGAUACUUGAUGACUUCAUGUUUUAUGAGGAGCGACAGAAGGUGAUGCUUGAAGAAAAAUAUAGGCAUCUUGGGAGAAGCUUCAAUGGGGCUCCUUAUGUGCCUGCAUUUGUUCCUACAAACAAACCAGCUGGUACAACAGACCUCCUGAAAGCACGUGAAAAGCAAUCAGUAAUAGACCACUCUUCAAAAGUACUCAAGGAAGAACCUGGCAGUGCAGCAGGUCAGCCUCCAACAGCUAAUGAGAGACAGACUGAUGUUAUGGUUAGUCAUCCUCCAUAUGCAGGUGGAAAACUGCGAGGUAUUGCAAUUGAUCAGCUUCCUAAAGCAGAUGGAGAACAGUCGAGUGUUGCCAUCAAUCAACCUUCCAAAGCCAAUGGCAAAUGUCCGACUGAUUUCUCCAAUCAGCCUUCAAAGGCAGGCAGCGCGCAAUCAAGCACUGCAGUUGCUCAGCCUUCAAAAGCUGAUGAAAAGCAAUUGAAUAGUACCUUUGAUCAUCAUGUGAAAAUGGAUGGAAAACAAGUAAUGGGUGCAGUUGAUCAGCCUUCAAAAGCUGAUAGAGAAAAACAGAGUUGUAUGGUACAUCUACCUCCCAAGGAAGAUGGAAUGAGGAGAAAAGCUGAUCAGUUAUCAAUACUGGAUGGCUCCACAAAGACCAAGGAUGCUAAGAGUUCAGGUAAUUCGGUCCUUAGCAGUGGACAGAUAACAAUAAAGCUGGAUUCCUCCAAAUCAUCUCAUGAUACCACAAAUGCUAAGCCUGAUGAGGCAGGAGAUGCUAAGAGUGUGAAUACUAUAAUGAAGAUUGGGUCUUUCUCUAUUCACCCAAUGGGGGGUGAUUUGAAAAGCUCUGGGGUCAUGGCAGCAGAGACCGCACCAGCUGAUGUCGUCAAAGUUGGUUCAGUUCAAAUCAAGGUGAAAGGUUUUGGUGAAUCAUUCUCCAGGCUUACAAAUGCAGGGACUGUUCCUAGUGAAUCUGAAGGACUAAAACUUAGCAAGCAGGGAUCAACUGCUGACAAUCAUCCACCAAAGAAAUGAAGUGGAGGUUUACAACAGCAAGCUGAUUGCUUUUUUCUAUCUUUUGUAUUGUCUCAAUGGGUCUUUUAAUGGCAAUGCUAGUUGACCGUACUGAACUAUUUUCCAGUGUUAGUCCAACUUACAGAAGCGCGUCGUUCUUUGUCAGUCCAAUUCACUCCACCAAGUCUUAAAACUUCGGUGGAGGUAAUUUGCUGUUUGUUUACUACUUUUUCAGUUCUUGUUGGUGUUUUAGGGGAAUGGUAUAGAGGAUGGGGCAAUUGUUUUUCAGCUACUGCUGAAAUUUCAUUUUGGAAGCUUACAGGUUGUAAUCUUUUUUCAGUUUUCGAUAUCAGUAGAUGAAAUAUAGUUAUAAAUUACCGAGUUAUUUUCUG